AGUUUAAGAGCCCGUCUUAUAUUUUCCCGGUCCAUUAUUACGACUUGAGGCCAACACCACUUGAUCAGCCAUGUCGACUCUAGCAGACGAGCUUCUGAACGAUUUUGAAGAGUCCGGCUCCGAAGGAGAGCAGGAUCUCUCAAAUGAAGUCCCCGACGAGGAUGGGACACAGUCCCCCUCUGUGAAAAAUGGAAUACAACAAAGGUCAAAGUCUGCUGAGGCCGAUGGCGGAAUGGUACUAGAUGACGACGAGGAAGCCGUCGGGGAUGAGGAUGAAGAGAUGGGUGACAAUCACAUGGGCGCGCUCGACGAUGUUGAAGAUGAAGAGGAGGCAAAGGCAAAGGUCGAAAAGAUGAAAUUGGGCGCCAUCACAGACGUUCGGAGUGUUGCUGGAUUGAUGAAGACAUUGGAACCUGUCCUAGAGAGAAUCGCACAUUUCCAAAACCUACCACCAGAGAAGCAAACGACCAAUGUGGGCUCGAUCGAAGAUAACCCGGAAUAUCAUCUUCUUACUCAAUCAAAUACGCUCUCAACGUCCAUUGACAGCGAGAUUAUUCUGGUGCACAAGUUUAUCCGGGACCACUACUCGAACCGUUUCCCGGAACUCGAAACGUUGGUCACCAAUCCCCUCGACUACGCCAAAACCGUGGCAAUUAUUGGAAAUGGACCUAUGGACGAUAUAAAAGGGCUGGCUUCCAAAACGGACAAUAUCAUCGGCGCUUCACUUAGGAGCGUGCUAGACGGACCAACUCUCAUGAUUGUCACAGUGGAGGCUACCACUACUGCCGGCCGCGCACUGAGCGAGGCCGAGCUACAGACUGUCACGCGAGCCUGCGAGAUGACGCUUUCCCUCGACAGGGCCAAGAGAAUUCUCACAGAAUACGUGCAAUCGCGGAUGAACAUUUUCGCGCCAAACCUCACCGCUCUCAUCGGAUCUCUCACCGCUGCUCAACUUCUCAAUUUCGCCGGAGGGCUCACAGGCUUAGCCAAAACCCCAGCGUGUAACCUUCCCCCACUGGGCUCCAAGAAACAAUCCCAGACCGGUUUCGCCACCAACGUUGGCGUCCGUCAGCAAGGAUUCCUUUACCACUCGCCCAUCAUCCGAGGUAUUCCCAGCGAUCUCAAACGGCAAGCCAUGCGAAUCGUUUCCGCCAAAGUCAUCCUCGCCGCGCGCGUCGACCGCGUGCACAACAGCCCUAACGGCGCUCUUGGCGAAGAACUCCGCCAGACAUGCCUCGAACGACUUGAAAAGCUCACCGAGCCCCCACCCAACAAAGGCGCACGCGCUCUUCCCGUCCCCGACGACAAACCUUCCCGUAAACGAGGCGGUCGCCGUGCCCGCAAGGCCAAGGAAGCCACCGCCAUGACGGAUCUCCGCAAGGCGCAAAACCGCAUGGCUUUCGGCAAGGAAGAAAAAGAAGUCGGAUACGGCGCCGGCGAAGGCACCGCUGGUCUCGGCAUGAUUGGCCAAGCCAACGACGGGCGCAUCCGAAACUUGCAAAUCGACCAACGCACAAGGGCCAAGCUCAGCAAGAACAACAAGGGCUGGGGCGCAGCCACGCCCGUCAGCGGCAUGGCCUCGUCGCUACGCGGCUUUGGCCAGGGCGCUGGAAACAAUGCGGCCGUUCUGCGCGCUCACGGCUUGCGGUCCUCUGGCGUCGGUGGUCCCACGGCCGGCACCGCUUCCUCACUUGCUUUUACCCCCGUUCAAGGUCUCGAGCUGGUCGAUCCGAAGGCCCAAGCGGAAAUGCAUCGUAAACGUAAAGCCGAAGAAGACCGUUGGUUCCGCUCUGGCACGUUCACCCAAGUGGGUAGUGGCGCCAAUAGCAAUGCUUCUGGCUCCUCGACCACCAUGACCAAGGAUGGGUUCAAGGUGCCUGAUUUGCCCGCCCGGAAGAAGGUCGAUACUGGUGCAGGCAAGAUGGGUCAGCCAGCGAAAUAAUGGUCUUUAUUUUCGCUACUCGUUUUCCUUCAUUUUGUGGAAGACGGAGCGCUGGGAGAGAGACUUUGCUCUUUUUCAAUUUCCCUUACUCUAGCAUCACCAUAUCAUCUCGAUUCAUCUGACAGGCUUCCCUUUCUAUUUUUCCAGCUCCCUUCCCCUCUUCUUCACCCUGGGAAUAAAAUCUCACAACUUUUUACUUCCUCACACAUCAAUGUAGAUACCAUACCCUACCCCACACCCUACUGUGCCUUUACAUAUUACACUACACUUGUUACCUCUUUCGUCUCGUCUGAUAGCCAAGGCUUCGGCGCCUGACAUUUAGCUCCUUCCCUAAAUUUUUUUUCUUUCCCGCUUUUUGUUGGUGCUUGUCGGGUAAAGUGUAUCAUUAUUUUCCUCUUCUCUGGCUUUUAGGCGUUGUGGUCGGGAUAAGUGAACCGGGC